AUGAAGACUGCGUUCGUUUUGCUAAUAGUGGUUGUCGCGUGGAUUGGCGAUGCCUACUGUAAAGAUUUAAUUGUGGGAACUAGUUUUAAUAACAGGCUUCUAUGGCAGGAAAAGGCAGAGUACAACGCAAUUCCCCUCAAGAAAAGAGUAAAGGAAGUAUUCUUUUCAGACCCGGGCCAGCAGAUAAUUAAGGGGAUCAUUGCUCGAGAUCUGGACCACACAGAUGCUAUAGCCACUGUCACAGCAGGAGGAGUCGGCUUCUCAUACGCGAACAUUAGAUUGAAGAGCGAUAGAGGAUCGGGUCUUAAUUAUCAAAUAGAAAUCUACAUA